AUGAGUUUCAAAAAUUACUGUCCAUGUGUUUACCCGCAAGAGCGGAAUAUAAGCGGACUGGACUACCGCUUCGACAUGAAAAAAAAAUUGGUGAAAUUCAGGGGCCGUAUUUUUAGAAGACUACGUGUAAAGAACUUAAACGUAGAUUUAGGAAAAAUUGAAAAUCGAAAAAGCUUAUUAAGUAAUUAUUAUUAUAAAGGGAAAAAAAAAUGGUACAUGAAUUUCCAGCCCUUAGGAAAUGUAACCAUAGAGCAAUAUUGGAAGUAUGAUAAAGUUACCCUGAAAGACAUUCUAGGGUCGAGUAUCAACACAUCAGAUGAUAAUUACAACACAGGAUUACGAAAAAGUAAAAGGUGUCUUAAACGCAUUGCAAAACGUAUACUAAGAGGGAACCCUCAUGAAUCUUUAACACAAAAUGCAUUCAAAUGGGCAACGUAUGAUUAUAACUCUGAUGAAGGCUCAGCAAACUCGUACAAUAAUAAUUUGGGCUCUUCCUUACUAAGUUUAAGUACCCUUGCGAUAAAAGAUUCGGAGAAAUUGCUGAAAUGGAAAUUAAAAUAUUCCGAUAAUUUAAUAAAUUUUAAAAAAUUAAAAGCACAGGAAGCUGAAAAGAACUCCUCAACUAUUCGUUCUACGACCGUGGCGAAGAAGAAAAACAAGUCCAGAAAAUCCAAGGGCAAUAGGGAUCACAAAAGUGACAUGGUUAAAAGUGACGUCGUUUCAGGUAACUAUAAAAUUGUAUUAAAAAGUUUUAACAAGGAGGACAAAAAGGGGCACUGA